AUGGUGAACGAGGACCAGUCCGACUCGCGAAGAUCCUCGCGUAAAUCCGUCGCAUUCACUGAAGAGAAACUCGUCGUCGGUGCCGACGGCAGCGUCGAAAUCAUGUCUGCUCCAAACGAGGAGAAGGACACCGCCUUGUCUCACAGUCCGUCUACCGAGCCACUAUCAGAGACCCUCGCGUCGACUAAUCCCUCCACAGCUACCGCCCCCGCCGAGACCGAGACCCCUCCCCGGGAGGCCGGUGAUGAUGGACUCGACCUCGGUCUGAUGAAGAAGAAGAAGAAGAAGACGGUCAAGAUCGCCGACGACGCGGAGCCGGCUGGAGACGACGCCGCUGCUGAAGGCGACGGUGGACUUGACUUGGGAAUCAAGAAGAAGAAGAAGAAGAAGGCACCAAAGGAGGGCGAUGACGACUUCGCGGCCAAGCUUGCUGCCCUGGACCUCGACAAAGAGGGUGGCGAGGCAGCCGCUGACGAGCAAACCCAGGAUGGUGACAUGAAGCAAGGAACCGGUAUCUGGACGCACGACGAGACAACACCCAUCAAAUACGACCUCCUCCUGAGCCGAUUUUUCAGCCUUCUCUCUGAGAAGAACCCCGACCACGCCACCGGAGCUGCCAAGAGCUACAAGAUCCCACCGCCCCAAUGCAUGCGUGAAGGCAACAAGAAGACCAUCUUCGCCAACCUUCCCGAGAUUUGCAAGCGUAUGAAGCGAUCCGAGGAGCACGUCACCACAUUCCUGUUCGCCGAACUGGGUACGAGUGGCUCGACCGCAGGUACCGGAGGUCUGGUCAUCAAGGGUCGUUUCCAGGCGAAGCAACUGGAGAACGUGCUGCGGAAGUACAUCAUCGAGUACGUGUCGUGCAAGACGUGCCGGUCGCCGGACACGGAGCUGAGCAAGGGAGAGAACCGUCUGUCUUUUGUCACCUGCAACUCGUGCGGAUCCCGUCGGUCCGUCGCCGCCAUCAAGACUGGUUUCUCUGCCCAGAUCGGAAAGAGAAGAAAGAUGCGGGCUUAG